CCACGACCCGGCCGGGAUACGCAACCUAGCGGCACGGACGACAUCUAGAUGAUAUAAAGGUUUGUACACCAGCAAGCAUGAUCUGCAGCAUCUGCCGAGUCGUAUCGUCUUCCCCACACAUUAGUCCAUAUGAAGCUUCUCUUGACCGGUGUCACAGGUGUCGCUGGUCUUGCGGCCUACCGUGCAGCUGUAGUUGACCCCGCCAUUACCCAUAUAACGGUUCUCUCCCGUCGACCGAUCCCCUCAUGGGCGGUCCUCCCGCCCAACGCCUCCACCAAGACCACCACCAUCAUCCACAAUGACUUCUUGUCUUACCCUACCGACCUCGCCAAGCAACUCGCACAGAACGAUGCGUGUGUAUGGGCGCUGGGGAGGAGUGUUGCGGGCAUGAAUGAGACGGACUACACAGAGAUGACCUACGGGUACCUGCUGAACGCGGCGACUGCACUGAAGGAUGCCGGCGUGGGGGAGAAUAGGGGCGAAGGCGAACCGUUCAGAUUUGUCUUCAUCAGCGGGGAGCAUUCAGAUCCCACCGAGACGAGUUUACAGAUGUGGGCGAGGGUCAAGGGCCGCGCCGAGAAAGACCUCACCAAACUCUGCAGUACUACGCCAGGUAUGGAAGCGCGCAUGUUCCGCCCAGCAUACUUCUUCCCACCGAACGAGUACCCAGAGGACCGGAAGAACCAACGUCCGGCCUGGCACCGCGCAGUCGACAUCGUCAUGACUCCGCUGGCGAAGAACCUCAUACCGUCCAUAUAUACCCCUACAGAAGAGCUAGGCAAAUUUGUUGUCGAGCUUGCAGAGGGACGAUGGCCUGAGAAAAACCUGUUCCGUAAUGCGGAGAUGAGGGAGCUAAUGAAGGCCACACUGUAAAAUGACGUUUCGAUUGUAUUCAUGGUCGUAGCGAAUGGGGAAACCCCUAUAGCGUGCUUCGCCUCGUGUAUCCUUCUCGAUGACUCUGAGAAGUGCAUUGGGAGCGUGGGUCUCGUGAUGCCGACUCGUGGUCCAAUUUGGCUUACCCACGGCCGCCCACUGUUGUCACCUUCCGUAUUGGGCAACCUUUGGGAUGUGGGCGUUUGUGGGUCCACGCCUGCUAUCGAGGGCGCACGUUUUGAUUGGUCAACUUUGCCUUGUCGAUAGCAACGGAUUGGUUUCCCAACCUUCGCUUCUUCGCGCGCC